AUGACCUGGCACACUGGCGCCUGGCCACGGCACUGGCGUCUGCGGGACGACGCGGAGCACGGAGCGAAGCCUCAUGUUCAGACCACGUUGCAGACAGAUGAGGUGAAGAACGUUCCUUGUGGUACCAGUGGAGGAGUGAUGAUUUAUUUCGACAGAAUCGAGGUGGUGAAUUUCCUCAUCCAGAGUGCAGUAUACGACAUAGUGAAGAACUACACCGCCGACUAUGACAAAGCUCUCAUCUUCAACAAGAUUCACCAUGAGCUGAACCAGUUCUGCAGCGUCCACACACUGCAGGAGGUCUACAUCGAGCUGUUCGAUCAGAUUGAUGAAAACCUCAAACUGGCCUUACAGCAAGACCUAACUACAAUGGCCCCUGGAUUAAUUAUACAGGCAGUUCGAGUUACAAAGCCAAACAUCCCUGAAACAAUCCGGAGGAAUUAUGAGCUCAUGGAGAGUGAGAAGACAAAGCUGCUGAUUGCAGCCCAGAAGCAGAAGGUGGUGGAGAAGGAAGCGGAGACAGAAAGGAAGAAAGCUCUCAUCGAGGCAGAAAAAAUUGCACAAGUUGCUGAAAUAACUUACGGACAGAAAGUGAUGGAAAAGGAAACAGAGAAACGGAUUUCCGAGAUUGAAGAUGCUGCAUUUCUUGCGAGAGAAAAGGCAAGAGCCGACGCUGAAUGCUACACUGCUAUGAAAGUAGCCGAGGCUAACAAGCUGAAGUUAACUCCUGAGUACUUGCAGCUGAUGAAAUACAAGGCUAUCGCAGCAAACAGCAAGAUAUAUUUCGGCAAAGAUAUUCCCAACAUGUUCAUGGACUAUGCGGGGAGCCAGACCAAAUUUGCAGAGGGGCUGGCAGAAGGGAUCCAAGAAGAGGACGGGGCAGGAACCAGCGAGGACACAAAACUACUUCAUAAUGUCAACUGAAAAGAAAGAUUUCUAUUCGUUUUAUAUCAAAAAAACAUGAACUGGGAAGUACCUUUUUCUUUUCCCCCUUUCCUGUACUGAAAAAGAUGAAUCAGACUUAAUCCUUUCAAACUUUUGUAUGACAAUUAGACACAAAGACUUUGGUAUUCAUGGGGUGUUUUUUCUGGUAACUUCUAAGCAGCCAUCUCCAGGUGUGUCCUCUAGACACACCUCUCCCUGCUCUUGGACACACAGACCAAGUGACUCUGGAGAGGCUGGGCAGGCUGCUGUCCUGCAGCCAGCUUAGGUGGGCGCUUCCCUUUGGAUUGAGGUGGCUCGUAGCAGUUGGCAGUAAAGAAACUUUGAGGUUUUGGAGGAAGGGGAAUUGCUGCUACAACUUGUUGUUUUGUUUUUCUUGUUGGAAAUUUUGCAUACUUUAUUUCAAUCCCCUUUUAAAAAACAAAAGGUGCUAGGCUUUUGUACACUACGUGUGUCUGCUCGAAGGCCCAGACCUUGCCCAGAUGGCAGGUUAGUGCCUGUUGUGUGGGGCACUGGGACCACCGAACAGCCUCUGUCUGUGCCCCAGGUCCGUCCUGAGUGCAGGGUGUAGCAAAUGCACAAAACCACCUUUUACCGAGGUCUGAGCCGAUGUGUUUUUGCCUUGGUAGGGCAGCUGAGACCACGUGCGCAGCGAAUUAGAAGUUCAGCUGAAAUCCUGCGGGUCACCUACUUACCAUGGGGGGAUCUAAGCCUUAGACCAUCUGUCGCGCAGGUAGUGGCCCAAACUCUUCAUUUUCUGCAUCUUAACACUGGUUUGUUUUCCAUUUGUCAUAUUUGAGGAGGGCAAAGUAGUCUGUGCUUUGAGGCUUUUCCCAAUGGUUUAGCUGCUAGUUGAGGGGUGUAGGUAUGCUGAUGGAGGCAGCGUCCUGCCAGUGGAUAAUUGGACUUGAUCUUCAGUGAAAUCAGGCUGCAAGCAUGGUACUUGUCAUGGCUGUCAUAGUUAGAAAAACUAGGGAGAAAAGAAUUUUUGUCUCAGGGACCCUGACUUUGCUUUUUGCAAACUCCUUGCUGGCAAGUAACUGCUGGAAUGACUCAUCCCGCGGUCAUUACAGUACGUUAUCUGCCUCUGCAAGACUGACUGUAUUUUAGUGUUUACAGUGUCUUAUUAGAAAUAGGACAUUCAGGUAAACUGAAAUGAAUGGAACCAAGUUACUGUUGGUUUGGGUUGUUUUUUUCUGAACAGACCUCGUGAAAGGCAGAUUUACCAGUAGCAAAGGACACAAAACAUUGUACUGAAAAGUCCCAGGGCAAAGAAAAGAACCUCUUGUGUCUGAACUGUCCAAAGAGAAAUUUUCCUUUUUCGCUCAGAACAAUGCUGUAUAAUGUACCUUUCACUUCAGAAAACUGAUGAAUGCAUCUGGUACGUGAAGAAAAGAGGUAAUAGGGUUUUAUUUUACACACGUGCAAAACUUGAGGGGGUGUUAAAGACAAAAGUUCAGGCCUAGAGAGAACAUUUUUUUUUCUCUCUCCCUAAUCCAUCUGCCACUUGGCAGGAAAGCCUGUUUAUUAAUUGCUGUUAUAAUUUGCAGCCAACAUACUAAUAGAGAUGAUGCAAGUUUAAGUGCUAACUUAGUUGUCAGAGACCAGCCUAUUGCAUUUACAAUCUUGUGCCCCAAACACUUGCUACCUACUACACUUGGUUUUGUUCUUCAGUGUUUUAAAUAUGCAUUAGCUUUUUUAAUAAGGCGAUCACACUAAGAGAGAAAUCUGAUUAAUUUCAGCUGCUGGUUCCAGUAUUUUUACUUCAGUUUUCCCUGUUAGGAAAGUGACUAUUGAUAUUUGAAAACACAAAAUAAGAGAUAAGCAUCAGUUUCUGCUGGAGAAAAGUCCCGUCUCCUGUGUGUCAUCUUUGUAUUUGUUGGAAAAGAUGAGCGAAGGGAAGUUCCAUCUCUAGAGGGAUGUGCUCCGGUAGACAACAUAGCCCUUUAUAAAUCGCUCCCUGCAGGGAGGUGAUGGACAGGGAGUACAGAAAGCAGUGGGGUAAUGGUACCUAAACCUUGGAGGGUGAUCUUAUUUGGGAUUGUUCCACACUCAUGUUAGAGAUUUCCAUUGGUAACUAAACCCAACUUUUUACAUGAGUAUUCUUCACUAAUGAAAAGACCCAAAUAAGCCAAAGUGGUAUUAUAAAAUAUGUUUUUGUAUGACUCCACAGUAAGACAAUAGUUUGGAAUAAAUAGGUCUUAAUGAUUUUUUUUAAUUGAAAACAUUACUGCUAAGGUAUUCUUGUAAUUUAGUUAAACUGUAAUAAGAGCAGAAAAAGCAAAAACAAAGUUAAUUCAUAUAGUUUUCACAAGCCAAAAUCCAUUGUUGUGUUUUCAUUCAGGUUUCUUCAUCAUUUGUAUAAUUUCCUUAAUUUUCCAGAGUAGAUAUGUCACUACAUAUAAAUCUUUAUUGCAUUUAUCGGACAUUUUGUCCUCAUUUCAAGAUUUCGGGUUAUGGAAAUGAAGAUCUGAGUUUUCAAAGCGUUCUGUAUAACAAAAUUAAACACAGGUUUGUGGCACUGCUGAUACCUGGGAGUUGCUGGCGGGAGCAUGGCGAUGCAUUACCAGUACAGUCGUUGAUCUUACUACGUAUUGAAUUAAAAGCCUUUUUAUUUUGGUAUUUGCUAUGACAAUAAAAUGGCCUUCAAUUUUA